AUGUCCACACAACUCUCCUUCGUGACGCUCGACGUCUUCACCUCGACGCGGUACACAGGCAACCCGCUGGCGCUGGUCAAGGUGCCACGGAUCCUCGCGCUUUCUCAGAGCCAGAAGCAGCGCAUUGCCCGCGAGUUCAACCUGUCGGAGACGGUCUUCCUGCACGAGCAGACGCAGAUGGACCUCGACGACCGGUCCGUGCGCAUCGACAUCUUCACCGCCCAAGCGGAGGUGCCCUUCGCGGGCCAUCCCACCGUCGGGACGGCAAACUAUCUUCUCCGGCUGCUCGGAAACGAGUCGGCGCGCAGCAACAAUGUGAAAGCUCUGCAGGCAAAGGCAGGCCGCAUCGGCAUCGCUUUGAACCCGGCCGUGGAUGGGGUCCGGAUCUCCGUCGCGCACAACCUGCACGUCCACGCCGCUCCCUAUGCAGACAGGCCGUUCGGGGAGUACCCUGUGGUUAGCAUCGUCAAGGGCAUGACCUUCAUCCUCGCGCAGCUGCCGGACCUCGCCGCCCUGGCCGCGCAGACGGAGAACCUGAUCGGGCGCGACGCGACGUACACGUCGGCCUUGGAGGUCCUCGACGCAGGCUGGCGCGAGGGCAUCGUCAUGACAUACUCCUUCGUCGACCUAGGCUUUGCGGAGGAACACCAUUCCUCAUCCCUGCACGUAUCUGGCGGCGCAAAAGUCCGCGCCCUGCGCACCCGCAGUCUCGGAUCGCGCGAGGAUCCCGCCACAGGCAGCGCCGCCAGCGCGCUGGCCGCGUAUCUGGCCCUGCAGGAGGGCAGGGCCGGGCGGUUCAGAUACGCGAUCGUGCAGGGCGUCGAGAUGGGCCAGCGGAGCGAGAUUUUUGUCGAUGUCGCCGUCAAAGCGGCGGCGGGUAUUGAGGGGUUGGAAAUCGAAGAGGUCCUCUUGAGCGGCAGUGCCGUGCAGGUCAUGCAGGGUACGUUGGAGGUACCCACGCCGGAGCCCGAGCCGGAGGCCUGA